AUGCCCAGUGCAACCGAACCCAAUCUCAUCCUGGACGGAUACGCGCUUGACGUCGUCGCUUGGCAACGGUGGAUCGACUUUCACCCGCAGGUGGGCGGCAAGCGCGAUUUGUCGACGCUGCUGGCACUCACCUCUCAUCGAGUGAACUCGACGCCCGGCGGCACGAAGAUCAACCUGUAUCCUCUGCACGGUGAGGAUGUCGAUGGGAACGAGGUGGUGGUUGGCCUGUUGUUUGUGCCGCCCACGUCGAGGGGAGACGGCAAGGAGACAGCGGAGCACAAAGAAUUGAUGAACCGUGUGCUGGCGGGUUCAUCACUGAAGUGGAGCGAUUUGAAGUGGAUCAAUGCCGAGGCAUUGAUGGAUCGUGAUGCGGGGUCAUGGGCUUCUGGCCCGCGUGGCACAUAG